GUCGUUAAACACCACCAGCAAAGCUACGCCGCCAAGAUGUCGGAGCGAAAGGUGCUAAACAAGUACUUUCCACCAGACUUCGACCCGUCUAAGGUCCCUCGGCGCAAAGUGCCAAAGGACCGACAGGAGGUGAUUCGUCUGAUGGCGCCUUUCAGCAUGCGCUGCAACACCUGCGGCGAAUACGUGUACGCCGGAAAGAAGUUCAACGGCCGCAAGGAGGUGGUGCAAGGAGAAAGCUACUACGGCAUCAAGAUCUUUCGCUUCUACAUCAAGUGUCCCCAGUGCUCGGCGGAGAUUACGUUCAAGACGGAUCCCCGGAAUGCGGACUACACGGUCGAGCAUGGCGUCUCGAGGAACUUUGAACCGUGGAGAGAGGCGAAGGAGGAGGCAGAGGAGGGCGAUGAUGGGGAUCCAUUGGCCCAUUUGUUGAAGGAGGAUGGCAUCGAUGUGGAUGGCGAUGACGACGAGGACCCAAUGAAGGCGCUCGAGAAGCGCAUGGAGGAGUCCAAGCGGGAAAUGGAGAUCAUGGACGCCUUGCAAGACAUCAGGACGAGGAACGCGAGAAACGAGCGUGUGGGCGACACCGACGAGGUUCUAGCGAGGCUGGAAGCGAAGAAGAGAGAGAGGGACUUGCUGAAGGGGCCGAGCCCAGAGGAGCUCGAGAGGAUGAGGCAAGAGGAAGAGGACGAGAUCCUCGUUCGUAAACAUUUUGGAAGGGAUCUCGCUGCCGCUGAGACAUCGACCUCUGACGCGGAACAGGCGCCAAAGUCGGAGCAAGAAGGAGCCCACGGAUCGCCCGCUGUCGAGUUUCGCGGACCUUCUGCGAAGCCUCUUACGAUCAAACGAGCGCGGUCCGACGAAGAGGCAGACGACGAGCCAGACGUCACCACACUCCUCUCCGAACGGGCUCGGGCUCACUUGAUGCCUGCAGCAGCCGCAUCCACCUCAUCCUCUGCAAUAGCUUCCAAGGUGAAAGCUGGGCUUGGACCCUCGUCAGCGUCCAAGAAGAAAAAGGCAAACGCCUUUGGCCUCGUACGCAAGAAAACGUAGGGCACUGAAGCACACCUCUACAUGUAUUUGUACUCUUGCGCUCUCCAUCACAUCCCAAGCAAUAUCAGUAGUGUAACAUUGGUCAAUUGAUAGUAAGAAAGCAG